CACAUUAAAGAGAUAUAAAGAGGAAACGUUGCCAACAAACUGAGUUUCGCUCGUGCUUGCGAAUCGGUUCAGCUGAUUCACACUAAAGAGUCAUUUUAAAGAAACCGAACGAUUCGUCAACGAGUCAUUUUUUGUUUGUUUGUUUUACAGCUGAUUUGAACUGAACAAUCAUGGCAGAGAGCUCUCAUUUCACCGAGGCGGAUUACUAUCAGGCGCGUUUUGACUCCAGAGCCUACAUGAAUAAUUUUUACUGUCGUCCAGAAGGACACUCAGACGAGAAGAAUUAUCUUACUUUCGUGUUAGGAUGCCUAAGCAGGACUUUUUCGACUGGCCAGUACAAAGGGCGGAGUCUGAUUGAAGUGGGAAGCGGACCGACGAUUCACACCGUAAUCAGCGCGUGCGAGCACUUCGACGAGCUCGUGCUGUCUGAUUUUGUAGACAAGAAUCGCGAAGAAAUCAGGAAAUGGAUACAGAAUGAGGAAGGGUGCUUUGACUGGAAGCCCAUCAUUGAAUAUGUGUGUGAAAUGGAUAGUAAAAGCUCCUCGGAUGUGGAAGUGAAACUGAGACAGCGGGUGAAACAAGUGCUGAAAUGUAACGUCCUCUCAGAAAAUAUUUUCUAUCCGGAGAGCAUUGAACCAGCAGAGUGUGUGAUAACAUCCCUAUGUCUUGAGGCAGCGUGUAAAGACCUACAAUCGUACAGAGAUGCGUUGUGUAGCGUGGCAAAGCUGCUUCGUCCAGGUGGAGCUCUGGUGAUGGUUGGGGUCUUAGGAGAGACGUUCUACUGUGUUGAUCAAAUCCGUUUCUCCUGCCUCAAAAUAAGCAAAGCAAAUGUUGAAGAUAUUCUCAGAAAGCUAGACUUCACUGUGCAGGAAUUUAACAUUUUUCCAGCACAAGAUCGGGAGAACAACAAAGUUUCAGAUUUUGAAGCUUUUUUCUUUCUUGUCGCUCUGAAGUCUACCAAGACAAUUUAGGCAUGCGCCACUAGGCUAGCUGGUUAUAAGACAUACUGCUUCACAGUUGAUGUCAACAUGGAGACUUUGUAAAUGAAAUCUUUUUACUUAUAAAUAAAUAAAUACAAAACUAACCCCAUAAUUGUCUGUUAGCUUUAAAUAUAAGCAUAUGACUUAUCUGACAUGGGUACUUAAAUAGCUGCUUUUGUUAGCUCAUUAUUUCUAAUUUGAAUCUGAAAGUAGCAAGCAAAUCCCAUGCUUAGUACGCUAAAAUGAAUGACACGUAUCGAUGCUAAUGUGUGUUUUACAUGCAGGUCGAGGCAACUUUUGGUAGAUUUGGGACAGGUCAUUCAUGAAGAGAUCGGUGGCACCAUUAAUGCAUAUAUCAUGGCUUUAAUUAUUCAUAAGAUUCGAGGUGCCAUGUGACGUUCCCAUACAGCCCUCUUCAAAGGCGAUUCCUGCAUCUCAGCAUCAUUCAACUCCACAAGGAUAUAAAAUAUUUAAUAAAAGUGUUUUUUAAAAAAGCAUGUAGUCGUUUAAUAUGCUGUAAUUUAUGACCAUGAAGUUUCCCAUGCCGUUCAAGUUGAUCAGCUAGAAAUAACACAAUGCCGAAGAGGUCUGGCUAAUUUUUUAUAAGUUAAAGCAUUUUUAUUUCUAAAAUCAAGUUUGGGAGCAAAAUUUUUUCCACACCUUUUUAUAUUGCUACUAGCAUUUUGCUCAGAAAUGAAUGGAAAUGAGCUAUUGCGGUUUAAGCCGAGUGUGAAGUAAAAUGGGACUAAUAGGAUGUAUUGUAAAAACAUGAUCAGUCACAUCGCUUUUAUAACACAUUUAUCUUGUAAAAUUGAUGGAUUAAUGCAAUAUUUUCUUGUAAUGAUUCAAUAUUUUUCUCGUUAUAAUGAGACGCUGAUGGUGUUUUUUUUCCAUGUGUGACAGCACAGAGCUUCUGUAAUUUAGAGUGAUGCAAUAAAUGAUGAUUUUUUUUGUUUGCUUGUUUACUUAAAGAA